AUGACAGUGGAGAGCGGGGAAAGCACGGGCGAAGCAGCACUGCAAGCUGUGCCCCAGGCAGCCAUCGCUCCAGCACCACCGACGACCUCAGACAAAAAAGGCCCUGCAGAAAACAACGUUACUGGCACAGCCAAAGGCUCCAAAGAUGAGGCACAUCCACGUCCCCCUCGCCGAAAAAAAGCUAGUAGGGCAUGCUACCAUUGCCAAAAGGCACAUUUGACAUGCGAUGAUUCACGUCCAUGCCAGCGCUGCAUUCGCAAAGGACUGGCCGACCAGUGUGUGGAUGGCUAUCGAAAGAAGGCAAAAUACUUGUUGGAAGAAGAUGAGAUCCCAUCGACCAUGCCUCACCCUCUCCGGCGGGAUAUGCCACCACGACCGGUGGAUACCUAUGCUCCCAACAUGCAAGAAAAGCAUCGCUUGAGUAACCCGACCACGGGUUAUGCUAAUCCAGCUGUGUUUGAACAUACGUCGUCACGGACGUUCCCACGCACAGAUGUUGGAACACUCACACGUCUGGCUCGUGUUGGCGCAGCUCCGCCAGCUACGUUUGACUCAAAUACAGCGUUUGGGUUCGACCCAACAUCGUUAGAAAGCUCGAUUUUGUCGUCGAUGCUGCACGACGUGGAAAACAGUAACAUCACGGAAUCCCCUGACGUCCCCACGGUACCUGCUGUGGAUUUGAUGGAAAGCUAUACCCAUUUCAAGAACGUUCCUUCAAGCAGCGAUAUCCAUGUGGAUGGCUGGGAUGCAAGCAAGCCCGGUAUGGGCCAGACUCUCUUUGAGCCUAUGCCAGGGAACUAUAGCUCGGUGCCCUAUGCCAAUGGGCAUGUGGGUACUUCUAUGCCUUCAUCAUCUGUGCUGGAGCAAACAGGUGUAAACCCAUCCUCGCUGGACAAAGAUCCUGUGUUAACGACGGCUUCUGUCCCUAGUGAUAGUGCCAAGCCGAGCCCUAUGCGCUUGGGUUUGCCUGUGCGGCCUGAUACGGACCCUAAUGCAGAACUGGCUUGGAAGCAGCGAGUGGCCAAAGUUUAUCGUGACAAGACUGAGCCAUUCAGGUACACAGAAGGCUAUCAUAUUCUGUUGAAAUAUGCAACGCAGAAGUACGAGACAGCCGAUGUGCUGCGCAUUGUGCGUGCGUUGGCCAUUUACCGUCCUUCGCUGAUCGCCUUGCAGAUGGCUCUAAGUGAAGAAGAUGAGGUGUUUGUGGAGCGAGCCUUCCAGCGCACCAUCCUUGAAUUUGAAAAGCUUAUCUCGUUUUCGGGUACGCCUACGGUCGUUUGGCGGAGAACAUGUGAAAUUUCAUUGGUUGGCACAGAAUUUUGCAUGUUGACGCAAUGGUCAAAAGAAGAUCUUCUGGGCAAAUAUAUAUACCAGUUUAUGGAUAAAGAGUCUGUAUUGAACUAUUGGGAGAUGUUUGCCCGACACGCAUUCGAAAACACGACACAAUCGGUGAUGACCAAAUGCGUCUUGAUGACGCCAUCUGGUAAAUCUAUACCGUGCACAUGGUGCUUCACCAUCAAGCGUGACCCAUUCGACUUGCCUGGCUUUGUGGUGGGCAACUUCCUCCCAAUUUUGUCGUAA